UCAUAAGAAAGACUCUCUCUCCCCAUGUGAAUCAGCCAUGCCGCCUCCUGCUGCUUCCCUGCGGGUCCUCUUCCUCAUCCUCUUCACCUUCUUCACCACCACUUCUGCUGAACUUUCCGGCGAGGGCUGUGCCCACCAGACCAGGCCGAUCGAUCCUCGCCUCACCUUCGCGAAUCCGAGCCUCCGGCAAGCCUACAUUGCCCUCCAGGCCUUCAAGCAAGCCAUUUUCUCAGACCCGGAGAACCUCACUUCCAACUGGGUUGGCUCCGAUGUGUGCUCCUACUUUGGAGUCUUCUGUGCUCCUUCCCCUUCGGAUCCUUCCCUCCAGGUCGUUGCGGGCAUCGACCUCAACCACGGCGACAUUGCCGGCUACCUCCCCGACGAGCUCAGCCUCCUCACCGAUCUCGCGCUUUUUCAUCUCAACUCGAAUCGCUUCUGCGGAAUAGUUCCGAACUCUUUCCGGCACCUCCGCCGUCUGUUUGAGCUGGACUUGAGCAACAACCGCUUCGUUGGUCCAUUCCCGAAGGUGGUUUUAGAUCUCCCGAAGCUCAAAUUCUUGGACAUCCGAUUCAAUGACUUCGAGGGGCCGAUCCCGCCUGCGCUCUUUGACAAGGAUCUUGAUGCUAUCUUUUUGAACAAUAAUCGGUUCAAGUUCGGCAUUCCGCACAAUUUUGGAAAUUCUCCGGCGUCCGUCGUGGUUUUUGCCAACAACGACUUGCACGGCUGCAUUCCGAGUAGCAUUGGGGAGAUGGGCGACACUCUUGGCGAGAUCAUAAUGUUGAAUAACAAUCUGACGGGAUGCUUACCGCCGGAAAUGGGGGAACUGAAACAGCUUACUGUGUUUGAUGUGGGCUACAACACGAUUCAGGGGACGUUGCCGGAAACGAUUGGGGGAAUGCAGAAGCUGGAGCAGCUCAACGUCGCUUACAAUGAGCUCACCGGAUCGAUCCCGGGAAAUAUCUGCAGACUACCGGCGCUCCAGAACUUCACCUUCAUCGGCAAUUACUUCACUGGCGAGCCACCAGAGUGCCUGGCGAGGCAGUCGCUGCAAGUGAAUGAUGGAGAAAACUGUAUCCCGUGGAGACCGGCGCAGCGGCCGCCUGGGCAGUGCGCAAGGGUGGUUGGAAGGAGGGUCGAUUGCAGCAAGUUUGGCUGCAGCAUUGGUGGUGGUCAUGUAAACCCUGGUGCGCCGUCGCUGCCACCAAGAAGGGCAGCACCUCCCCCUCCGAAGCCUAACCCUUCAAAGUUUCCCAGCCCACCUCCGCCUACCCCGUCGCCACCACCACCGCCAUCUUCGGAGUCUUCUCCCGGUGCAAAAACUCAUCCGCCUCCACAGUCAUGGGCUCCGCCAACUGUAUCACCACCACCAUCCCCAACAAAGGGCGGGACAGGACAUCCUUACCGCCCACCACCUUCCGAGUCACAUCACCACCACCAAUCACCACAAUCGCCGCCAGUCGAGCACCAUCACUAUUCUCCUCCGUAUGCACACCUUCUUCCACCCCCACCACCGGCUGUGGUGGGUUCGCCACCAGCAGAGCACUACCACCAUCCAGCUCCAUCGACCCAUCUUCCGUCGCCACCAGCAGCAGAGCACCAUUUAUAUCCACCCCCGUCUACACAUAUUCCACCGUCACCAACAGUGAAAAUACCCCCACCACUGCACCAGCAGCACCACCCGCCUCCAUCUGCACGGCCGCCGCCAUCAGAGAAGCACCACCAGUCGCCUCCAUCUACAUAUCUUCCUCCGCCAGCGGAGCACCAUCAACAUUCUCCACCAUCUACGUACACUCCACCACCAAGGGAGCACCAUCACCAGUCGCCUCCAUCUACAUAUCUGCCUCCGCCAGCGGAGCACCACCAACAUUCUCCGCCAUCUCCGUAUAUUCCGUUGCCGCCGCCGGGAAAGAACCACCACCACUCUCCUCCAUCUACAUAUCUUUCGCCACCACCAGCAGUGGAGAGACCGCCACCGGCGGAGCACCAUCGCCAUCCGCCUCCAUCUACGUAUCUUCAGCCACCCACGGGACACAACCAUCAUCCACCACCGCCGCCGGGAAGGUCCUCAGAGGGCCCACCCUACUAUUCUCCUCCUCCAUCAAUGGCACAUUACCCACCUCCAACCUCAUACGAGUCACCGCCACGACCUCUACUUCACUCCCCUCCACCACCACCACCACCCUCGCCGGAGUACCACAACGUGCCCCUGCCGCCGGUGUCUGGAUUUCAAUAUGCAUCUCCCCCACCACCCAUUUACCCGUACGAAAAUCAUAGCUAAUCCCUCCCUCCCAUCUCCACUUUUUGCAUUAAACAUUCUUUUGUUUAUUUGGUCUUUUUGAUCUUUCUAGAGAUGAGAUUGCCUUCUCUUUCUCUCCUAAAACAAGGAGAUUAGGAUCUACUAUGACUUCCAUUCUCCCCUUUCCCAUCUAGUAAAUCGGUGUUGGCGCUGUUGCGUGUGUAGCUUGUGCUAUUAGUCGAUAAAUCUGUAUUAAAUAUUUUGAAAUCUCUUUUUCUUUUCCCAAUGUUGUAUCAACUAUCAAGUGUUUGAUCAGAUAAACUAUUAUGUUGGGGCACGAACUAAUGUAUUAAAUGGUUUCAUGCUC